CAAUGCUGAAUCAUAGAAUUUCUGCUUCUUACUUCUCAACCACAACAUGUCCUUUCAAACCCUCAUCUCAGGCGCGGAAUGCUCUACCGUAUCGAACCCUCUUUCUCAAGUCUUGAAACAUACCGAGGGGGAUCGCAGUUUACAACAGGAUAGAAUCGCUGGACCGUCAUCGUCACGGCUUCAACAUCUUCCCGGUUCUUCCACUGCAACAGCGAGUCAACAAGAUCUUGCCCUUGCUCGCCAAUUCUUCGAAUCGAACAAUGUAGGGCCCGGCCUUCAGCACCCCUUCUCACCGCCACCAGAACUCGCGUAUGAAAUGCGAGGGUUCUCGGCGCCAGUCAACGAUGCAUGGGUGGCAGAGCAACAGCAUCAGAUGCGGGCCUUCCAGGCAAGCAGCCCGCAAUCUCAGUGGGCAGCGGAGUUUGGUGGCUCGACCACGGUGCAAAAUAGUACAAUAGCUACCGCGGUGCCUGCUAGCCCUGAUCCACAACACGCAGCUAUGUAUAUGCAACGGCCGGGUAUACAAGAUGGUUUUACUUUUCGAAACUCGUUUGUUGGUCAACCGAUGAUGGAGAAUUACAACAGUCAUUUCCUUUUGGACAAGGGCAAGGGGAAAGGUCGCGAAGCAGAUUUUGAAGCAGCCUUCGAUCAAUACGCUGCCUCUCUAAAUCCGAUCCAGAAAGUAUCUGAGAAUUCUAGAAUAGUCGAACUAUCGGAUGAAGUCAACGAAAUCCAAGAGGCUUUAAAGGCUACGAACCUGGAGGACGGUGGGGUUUUGGGUGAUGAUUUUCGCAAAGUUUGGGAUAAUCUACAGAACUCAGAAGCUCCUCCUCCUCAAGAAGAACUAGCAAAGUGGGAAGCGGAGUUCAACCAAUUAAUGAACGCAAAACGCGACGAGCUGGAUUAUGAUUAUGGGCGGUCCAUGCAAGAGGCAUGGGAAAACGGUGGAAGUUUUCCUGAGACUGUCGUAGAUAAACCUCUUCAAUUCGACAAGGAUGGUCUGCCCAUCUUGGAUCCGUACAAGUUCGAAGCUGAUAACAAAUACAUCGAUCCUUCAACCUCCAGUAGCUCUAUGCUCCAACAAGCCAAAGCACUUCUUGAGCAAAAUGGCUCUCUUUCUGAAGCCGCUUUACUAAUUGAAGCCGCCAUCCAAAAAGGCGAUCUCGGAGAGGGUGGUUACGAAGCCUGGAUUCUACUAGGGGAAACGCGCAACAUGGAUGAACGCGAAGAUCUCGGUAUGCGGGCAUUGACUGAAGGAGUCAAGCGUGCGGAAAGCGUCGGCGCUACUGGUGCAGGAAUGAUGUCGUUGGCCAUUUCUUACACCAACGAGUCCUUGGAUAGGUCUUCUCACAUGAUGCUACUGCGCUGGCUUAUGGCCAAGUAUCCUGACCAGAAAGUUCCGGAGGAAACGGUCAAGGCCAUUUCCACAAAUUCCCCAUGGGACACUCAUAAUCGUGUCACAGAAUUAUUCUUGAAUCUUACUCGGAACCAACACAGUCAAGGGAUUGUGGACCCAGAUGUUCAAAUAGCUCUAGGCGUCCUCUUCUAUACCAAUGGAGAGUAUGAUAGGGCGAAGGACUGCUUUGAGACAGCAUUGACCGUACGUCCCAGUGAUUAUCUCCUCUGGAACAGGUUAGGCUCUUCGUUGUCGAAUGGAAAUAAACCAGAAGAGGCGUUGGGUGCAUACAAGGAAGCUCUUCAGCUGCGACCAACGUAUACUCGAGCGAUCUAUAACGUCGGCGUCGCUUGCCUUAACAUUGGUGCCCAUAAGGAAGCAGCCGAGCAUUUCCUGAGUGCUCUCGCACUUCAACAGGCAACGUCAGGCGAUACCAGCGAACAGGUCUGGUUUACGUUACGACGUACACUUCUUGCAAUGGAGCGACCGGAUUUAGCUGAACAAACGAAAGAGAAACGAUCUGAAAAGGCCGUUCUAGAGUUGUUCCGAAAGGAAGGGUUCGAUUUCUAGACUUAUACUGACCAUUAGAACACGAGUGAGCAGGUGUAGAAAUGAAAUCCUUUGUACUCUAUUGGCUGCAGAAAUCAUAUGCAGAGGAUUUACGGCCCGAAUCGUCCGAGC